AUCCAAACAUGGCUUUACAACAAGGAGGCGACUAUUACGGCACUUCGAACGUUGUUGCCCAAAAAUUCUAUAGAGGACAAGAUAAUCAACGUCCAGCUGGCUGUGUUCUUCCAUCAAUAGACUGCCUCCUGCAUGAUAAAACAACCUAUUCCGGAAACCGAGACUACAAUAAUGAAAACUCAAAAGGAUUUGCUGAGGCCAAUGGUCACGAGAUAUUCGAUCCUCAAGGUUUCAAGGAGACAGUGUCAAUUUGCGAUCGCAGAGCUCUCGAAGCUCCACCACAUCAAAACUAUCCGGUUCAAAACUUGAAUGGAAUGGGUGGAGCCUUUUAUAACAGUGACUCAAACGGCCAGCAGUUUGUUCAAAGUUAUGAUAAUCUUCCAUUUGGAAAAAUUAAAAUAUCACAUGCGUCGGAUCAAAAGUCUCGUCCAAAGCCAACAAAACCAAGAGCAUCGAGAAAACGAGCAGCCAUUGCUCAAUCGAAGAAAAAGAGAUCAGGAGGUGAUCUGACACUUGAUGGUCUUGUUCAACUUCUUGGGGAGAUAGUCGAUCCAGUAAAACUUCAAGCUGAGAUUGACGAGCAAAAGAGUCGCCAAUCAACAUCUCAACCAGACAAAGAGAUUGUUCAAAGCAGCCAAUACAGUCAUAAUGGUUUCAUUCAACAUGCUUCCCCACAAAUCUAUAACUACAAUUAUCAGGGAUACACCAUGGUUCAGGCUGAAGCUUAUCAGCCUCAAUAUCAGGAGCACGUGCAAUAUACGCAAUAUUCUCAAGGACCAAUUAAUCAAACCAACAUCCAGGAAGUGCAAAGUGAAGAUUCUGAAGGAAUCUACGAGUAUUUUGUUGAUCAACCAAACUAUUCCAACCAAGGAACCAAUCAGGGAACUUGCCAAGGAUUCAUCCAGAUCAACGGAAAUUUCCAAGAAAACGUCCAAAUUGUCAGUCAAGACAAUGUUCAAGGAAGCAGCCAAGGCUACAUCCAAGAAUACUACCAAUAUGAGUAGAAUCUCGAAUCUCAUUGAAAAUCCAGUAUUUAUAUUCUCCACCUCUCAUUUCUUCUCAAAUCAGAAGAAGCAAUGCUCCUUCUCAUAAAUUAUUACCUAGUUUGAAAUUACAAUAGCUUUAGUACGAGUCCCCCAGCCUUCCACUCUUUCGGUUUAUUUGCAAUUCGCAAAUUAAUUCAAAAAAUUCAAAUCUUUUGAGCUACUAGAAUGUUUCCCUAUAUUUUUUAUUUUCUUUAAAUCUGUAUUUUAAACAACCCUAAUCAUUUUUGCUUCUCAUAAGUUUUACCUGAUAAUAUCGAUUGUUCCUAAUCAAGUUGAGCUUUAUGCGUAUCAACUUUUCAUAAUGCGAAUAAAUAAUAUGCAAUUUUAAAAA